CGCCGGGGUCCAUCCUGCUGCGCGGCCAGGGGCUGGGGACAGGAUGCCGGCGCUGUACACGCGGAUCCUGGGUCUGGGAGCUUCCUCCCUCAAGUGCUGGUCUGCCGUUCCAGUGCGCUGGGCCCAUGCGCCACGAGUGGUCCACGGUGAACUCAGCAAGCUUUCGCGGUCGGUGCAAGCCUUUGUGGAGCACGGCGCACAGCUCUGCCAGCCGGAGAACGUCCACAUUUGCGACGGGACCGAGAAGGAGAAUGUCAAAAUCUUAAACCUGCUGGAGUCGGAAGGCGUUAUAAAACCCCUGACCAAGUAUGAGAAUUGCUGGCUGGCCAAGACUGACCCUAAGGAUGUGGCCCGUGUGGAGAGCCGGACAGUCAUCGUGACGGAGGACCAGAGGGACACGAUACCCGUCCCUGCUUCAGGAGUCAAAGGACAACUGGGCAACUGGAUGAACCCAAAGGCAUUCCAGGAGGCGAUGGAUGACCGUUUCCCCGGCUGUAUGAAAGGCCGCACGAUGUACGUCAUCCCUUACAGCAUGGGGCCCAUUGGCUCGCCCCUGUCCAAGAUCGGGAUCCAGCUCACCGACUCGGCCUACGUGGUGGCCAGCAUGCGCAUCAUGACCCGCAUGGGUGCCGCCGUCCUCCGCAACUUGGGCGACGAGGACUUUGUCAAGUGCUUGCAUUCCGUGGGGCGGCCUCUUCCUCUGGGAGAAGAGUUGGUGAAUAACUGGCCUUGUAACCCGGAGAAGACCCUCAUAGGACACCGCCCGGAACGGCGUGAGAUCGUCUCCUUCGGCAGCGGCUACGGGGGCAACUCCCUCCUAGGCAAGAAAUGCUUUGCUCUCCGUAUCGCCUCCUGCAUCGCCAGAGACGAGGGCUGGCUGGCCGAGCACAUGCUGAUCUUGGGGAUCACAAACCCGGAGGGGAAGAAGAAGUACGUGGCGGCCGCCUUCCCUAGCGCUUGCGGGAAGACCAACAUGGCGAUGAUGAAUCCCACCCUGCCCGGUUGGAAGGUGGAAUGUGUGGGGGACGACAUCGCCUGGAUGAAAUUUGACAGUGAAGGUAAGCUUGUGGGUCACACGGGGGCGUGGCUGUCUGGGGGCAGGGAGGAGCCCCGAAAACCACAGCUUACCGUCAUUCACACAGUGAAGAUCCUUGUGCUGUGGUGGCAGGCAGCCGCCACCAAAGUCACGUUCUUAAAAAUCUGCACAGCCAGGGACAAGGAGCCUGCCGCCCACCCCAAUUCCCGGUUUUGUGCUCCAGCCCGCCAGUGCCCGAUUAUGGAUCCGGACUGGGAGUCGCCCCAGGGUGUCCCUAUUGAUGCCAUCAUCUUUGGGGGCCGGAGACCUGUAGGAGUACCCUUGGUGUACGAGGCCUUCAACUGGCGCCACGGAGUCUUCGUGGGCAGCGCCAUGAGAUCAGAGUCCACUGCAGCAGCUGAACACAAAGGCAAGGUCAUCAUGCACGACCCCUUUGCCAUGCGUCCUUUCUUUGGCUACAACUUCGGCCGCUACCUGACACACUGGUUGAGCAUGGAAGAGCGCCAAGGCGUCCGGCUCCCCAAGAUCUUCCACGUCAAUUGGUUCCGGAAGGAUGCCGAGGGGAACUUCUUAUGGCCGGGCUUCGGGGAGAACUCUCGGGUCCUUGACUGGAUCUGCCGGCGCGUCAACGGAGAGGAGAGUGCCCAGGAAACGCCCAUUGGGUACAUCCCCAAAGAUGGCGCCCUUGACCUGACAGGCCUCAAGAAAGUGGACUAUCGGGAGUUGUUCUCCUUGCCCAAGGAGUUCUGGGAACAAGAAGUGCGGGAGGUGAGGCAGUACCUGACCGAGCAAGUGAACGAGGAUCUGCCCAAGGAAGUGAUGAAGGAACUGGCGGCCCAGGAGAAGCGCAUCAAUAAGAUGUAAGGGACCUGGGUGGGCGGAAAGAAAAGAAAUCUGACCAAAGACACAUCCCUUGCAUCUCCCGUGGGGAAAGGGAGGACACGACGGGGAGGUUUGUUUACAGAAUUUCCCUUCCCCACCUCUUGCCAACUAGGCCUCUCUGGCCCUCAGGCGUCGGCCAUCUUGUUUCCUGGGCCGCGAGGCAGCCAUCUCGCUACCCUGGGCACCACGAGCCAGCUACACGGUUUCUUAGCUACGUCUAGGGCUACCAACCUCAAGGUGAGGCCUGGAGUUCUCCCACAAUUACCACUGAGCUCCAGAGGGGCAGAGAUCAGUCUUCCUGGGGGAAAUGGUAGCUUUGGAGGGUGGACUUUGUGGCGACCCAUCCCUGCCUGGCCCUCGUCCCUCCCCAAACUCUGCCCCCAAGUCUCUGUGA